GUAAAAGAGAUUUUUAUGAAUUAAGCCUAGAGAGCCAAGAUUUGGAAUUUUGUGCCGGUCUUGAUCACAUUAAGACCGACUCAAUACAAUUCUAGUUCUUCGUUCUUGAUUCUGGAAAAGUAUUUUUGAAUAUGUAAAAGAGAUUUUUAUGAAUUAAGCCUAGAGAGCCAAGAUUUGGAAUUUUGUGCCGGUCUUGAUCACAUUAAGACCGACUCAAUACAAUUCUAGUUCUUCGUUCUUGAUUCUGGCUAUCAUGCUCUCUUCUCUUUGAUGUUAACUCAAAGAAAAAUAUACUCAAAAGAGAUAUAAACCAUAUUCUCUUCUCUCUCUCUCAUCUUUCCUUGCACAACAAAUCAAAAUUCUCUUGUGAACCCAUCCAUCUUAAUUAUAUAUGAAUUGAAUAUCCAUCAUAUCAUCCCCUUCAUAAAUUCCUGCAAUUAAUAAGCAUGAAGAAGAAUCACAUCUCAAUUAGGUUAUCAUGACUUGCAUUGAAAUGGCUUUCUUCCCUACAAAUUUCAUGCUCCAAACUUCUCAUGAUCAUGAUGACCACCAACCCUCCACUUCCCUCAAUCCCCUUCUCCCCUCUUGCAAUCCUCAAGAUUUCCAUGGGGUGGCAUCAUUUCUGGGGAAGAGAUCGGUGUCGUAUUCGGGGGUGGAGGCGGGGGGGCAGAACUGCGAGGGGGAGGAGGAGCUGUCGGACGACGGGUCGCAGGCGGGGGAGAAGAAGAGGAGGCUGAACAUGGAGCAGGUGAAGACGCUGGAGAAGAACUUUGAGCUGGGGAACAAGCUUGAGCCUGAGAGGAAAAUGCAGCUGGCCAGGGCACUUGGGCUCCAGCCCAGGCAGAUUGCCAUCUGGUUCCAGAACAGGAGGGCUAGGUGGAAGACCAAGCAACUGGAAAAAGACUUUGAGCUCCUCAAGAGGCAGUUUGAUGCUGUCAAGGCUGAAAAUGAUGCCCUCCAAGCCCAAAACCACAAGCUCCAUUCUGAGAUAAUGGCACUGAAAAACAGGGAUCAACAGCCAACAGAAUCAAUAAACCUAAACAAAGAGACAGAAGGAUCAUGCAGCAAUAGGAGUGAGAACAGCUCAGAGAUCAAGCUGGACAUCUCAAGAACAACAGCAACAACAACUCCAGCCAUUGACAGCCACCCACAUGGUGGUGGUGUCCCCACCACCACCACCUGCAGGCCCAUCUUCCCACCAUCCAACGGCGGCAUCCGCCCCGUAGCCGCCACGGCGGUGGCGGCCCACCUCUUCCACAACUCGUCCAGGCCGCCGCCGCCACCCACGGACUUCCACCACCACCACCAGCACCACCACCAGCACCACCAGUCUGUCAAGGAAGAAAGCCUUUCCAGCAUGUUUUGCUCCAUCGACGACCAGACCGGGUUCUGGCCGUGGUUGGAGCAACAACAUUUCAACUAAGAGUGAUCCAUGGAGUUUUUUUCUUUUUUUACUGCUUUUUAUUUAUUCAUAAAUUUCUGGGAUUUUAUUUUUCUUCCUGUGUGCAAUUUUAUAUACUCCAUAUUUAUCAUAUAUAUCCUUUUCACAUAUAUAAUUAUUGUUAUAUAAUUAUAUAUGGUGCAUGUGUAAAGUAAAAGCUCAGAACCAUGUUCUUUUUUUUUCAGAUCUUUUUUUUUACCAAGGGAAAAAUAACAAAAAUAAUAAUUGAAUUGAAAAGAU